AAUGGCAGCAAUCCUGCUUGUACCAUGGCUGAGCCAAAGUCAGUGUGCGUUUCGGUGGAUGAAGUGGUCUCAAAUGGCACAGAUAACCAAGAUAUUCGACUGAUGAAUGGACAUUUAAAAAAGAUGGACAAUACUCUGACAGAAGCUCAUCGUUUCUCCUACCUGCCCCGCAGACCAGCUGUUAAUAUUGAGUUUAAAGAACUGUCAUACUCUAUCCAAGAAGGGCCAUGGUGGAGGAAGAAAGGUUAUAAGACCCUUUUGAAAGGAAUUUCAGGGAAGUUCAGCAGUGGAGAACUUGUUGCAAUUAUGGGCCCUUCAGGAGCUGGGAAGUCAACGCUCAUGAACAUUCUGGCAGGAUACAGAGAGACGGGGAUGAAAGGAGAAAUUCUCAUCAAUGGACAGCCUCGUGACCUGCGAUCUUUUCGCAAAGUCUCCUGCUACAUCAUGCAAGAUGACAUGCUUCUUCCUCAUCUGACUGUCCAGGAAGCUAUGAUGGUGUCUGCUCAUCUGAAACUUCAAGAGAAAGAUGAAGGCAGGAGAGAAAUGGUAAAGGAAAUACUGACAGCCCUCGGUUUGCUGACAUGUGCCAAUACUAGGACUGGAAGACUUUCUGGAGGCCAGAGAAAGCGUCUUGCCAUUGCUUUGGAGCUGGUGAACAAUCCUCCUGUCAUGUUUUUUGAUGAACCAACCAGUGGCUUGGAUAGUGCAUCGUGUUUCCAGGUUGUCUCUUUGAUGAAGGCUUUAGCCCAGGGUGGCAGGUCCGUCAUCUGCACGAUUCACCAGCCCAGCGCUAAACUGUUUGAGUUGUUUGAUCAGCUCUAUGUUUUAAGUCAAGGCCAAUGCAUAUACCGUGGGAAGGUGUUAAACUUAGUCCCUUACUUGAGAGAAUUGGGGCUGAAUUGCCCAACCUACCACAAUCCAGCAGAUUUUGUUAUGGAAGUAGCAUCUGGUGAAUAUGGAGACCAGAACAGCCGUCUGGUGAGGGCGGUGCGGGAGAGGAUAUGUGACACAGACUACAAGAGAGAUGUUGGUGGUGAGAAUGAGAACCCCUUCCUCUGGCACCGGCCCUCUGAAGAGGUAUUUUGUAUGUCACAACUAAUGGGUAUGGAUUCUUCCUCCACUGAAGGCUGCCACAGCUUCUCUGCCAGCUGCCUAACCCAGUUCUGUAUUCUCUUCAAAAGAACGUUUCUCACCAUCAUGAGGGAUUCGGUCCUGACACACUUGCGUAUCACCUCACACAUUGGCAUUGGACUGCUCAUCGGUUUGCUCUACUUAGGCAUUGGCAAUGAAGCAAAGAAAGUCCUCAGCAACUCUGGCUUCCUCUUUUUCUCUAUGUUGUUUCUUAUGUUUGCUGCACUCAUGCCAACUGUACUUACAUUUCCUCUUGAGAUGGGAGUAUUUCUAAGAGAGCAUCUGAACUACUGGUACAGCCUGAAAGCCUACUAUCUCGCCAAAACCAUGGCUGAUGUUCCUUUUCAGAUCAUGUUUCCUGUGGCUUACUGCAGCAUUGUGUACUGGAUGACUUCACAGCCAUCUGAUGUGCUUCGAUUUGUCCUCUUCGCAGCCUUGGGAACCAUGACAUCCCUGGUGGCUCAGUCACUUGGUCUUCUCAUAGGUGCAGCCUCUACAUCCCUCCAGGUUGCCACUUUUGUGGGCCCAGUUACUGCUAUCCCAGUUCUUCUGUUCUCUGGGUUUUUUGUCAGCUUUGAUACCAUCCCAACAUACCUCCAGUGGAUGUCCUACAUUUCCUAUGUCAGAUAUGGAUUUGAAGGAGUUAUUCUCUCCAUCUAUGGGCUGGAUCGAGAAGAUCUGCAUUGUGACAAAGAUGACACUUGCCAUUUUCAAAAAUCAGAGGCCAUUCUGAAAGAACUGGAUGUAGAAAAUGCCAAACUGUACCUGGACUUCAUUGUUCUUGGAAUUUUCUUCUUCUCUCUGCGCAUAAUUGCCUACUUUGUUCUCAGAUACAAAAUCCGGGCAGAGAGGUAAAGGAAAAAGAGCUGAAAAGAUGCAGUAGGAAGAUCUGUAGACUUACAAUAGAGGGCACUUGACAUUGUCUCACUGUGGCAGGCCAGUCUCCAGUGCCCAGCUAGAUGCUGUUACGACCUAGCCUAUAGAGAACCACAAUGGGAUAGUGGACAUAUAGUGUUAAGCCAAUCAGUCCAGUUGGGUUGGGUCAUGUUUUCAUUACACUUUCUAGCUUUAACUAGGAAGAAGACAUAGAAGGGAAUUCUACACCACAGAAUAUCAAUACCAAGGCAGCAUAACUAAAAUAAAAAACCUGGCUGCUGGAACUUUCCUUAUGAAAACCAAUUUCAUGGUAUGGUAAUGCUAGUCCUGGUAGCCUGAAUGGUACGAUGUCACCUAUAGGUGACAAGGUCAUGAGAUGCAAAACUAAGAAUGCAAAGAAAUAAAGAGCCUUUCAUCUUUUUAAAUUCA